UCUCCAUUUGAUUACAUGUCGUCCCAUGCAAGAAGAAGAAAAACUGAAAGGUGAGGUUGUUGUUAUAGUCCAAGGUUGGUAGCUGUUAAAACCAAGUGACUUGGUCUGUCUCUAGACAAUUAGGCUGCUGCAGGCUCAUCCCAUUUCUUAAUCUUCUUAUCCUCUGUUUUGUUUCCUUUUUCCUUAUAUGUUAUUGCCUUUGGAAACGGGAAGCAAGUAAGCUUUGUUAAGGUCCAUUAUAGCUUUGUUAAGGUCCAUGUGUUGACCAAAUCAUGAUGAGACUAUUCUUGAUGAAGAGGAUUGUUGUUGGUCAGAUUCUUUGUUGCUUUCUCCCUUUGUCCUAUCUUUUCUCUCGGAUCUCAUGUUACAUUAUUUUGUACGAUGAUGACUUGAAAAUAAAUGAUUUUGCUAUAACAAUGAAACAUGAAUAACAAAAUUUUCAUAGUUGUGAUUAACAUUAUUAUAGGUUCCUCACUAUAAGCUUUCACAUUCAAGCAUACAAAUUGGAUUGAGAAGUGGCCUUCUCUUCUUCUUCUUUCCUUUGUGAUUGAUUCCAAUAAGGGAGAAAGAGAGAGAGAAGAGAGAUAGGGGCAGGUCCAAAGGCGCAUAGAUGGGAAGAAUAUCAGAUAAAUAUGGAAAACUUUGACCCCGCCAUUUUGAUUGAUUCAAUACACUGACUCUCUUCAUCUCAUCUCAUUUCCCAACUCUCACUCUUUACUUCUCUCUGAUGCGUGUUCUUGUUUGAUUCAUCGGCUCACAUCAGUCACAUAGCCACAGUAAGUAAUCAGUCACCUUUUUUUUUUGAGAGUUUUUUUUUUCUUUUUCUCCUUUUUUCAAAUCUGGAUUUGUUGUUUUAGACCAGCAGCUAUACAUGAUGAGGACAUGUGUUAAUUCUGUUAAAAACCCUCUGUUUUAUUGCUCUGUUGCAUUUCAUGCGAUCCAUUUAUGAAUCAAGAUUCUGUUAAAGAAGAUUAUCUACUAACCUACUUAUACCUCUUCAGGCUUCUUCCCAGUCACUUAUUGUUCUUUUAUAGUUGCAGAUAAGAGUAAAGAGCAAAAGAAGACCCUGUGGGAUUUUGAUACUAUUGAUAAACUGCAAAGUCUUUUUGAACUCUUUUGUAGUUGUUUGGUUGGUUCUUUUUUUGGCAAUAAUAGAUGGCAGAAGUUGAUGAUCAACUAGAGAUCAAGUUUCGCUUAAACGACGGUUCUGAUAUCGGUCCUAAAGCAUUUCCGGAUGCUACCACUGUUGCUGCAUUGAAGGAGACUGUUAUCUCUCAAUGGCCUAGAGAGAAGGAAAAUGGACCGAGGACAGUGAAAGAGGUGAAGUUGAUAAGCGCAGGGAAAGUUUUGGACAACAACAAAACGGUUAAAGACUACCGAAGCCCUGUCUCUACUCUCGUAGACUCUGUAACCACAAUGCAUGUCAUCAUCCAACCUCUACUUACAGAAAAAGAAAAGAAGCCUAAAGAUGGUGAUCCCAAGAUGAACAAAUGUGUCUGUUCAAUCAUGUAAGAGUGUGUUUCAGAUUUGUGGUUUGGCUUUAGAUUGUUUAUCGAUACAGAUACAUGAUCAAAAGGGUUGUUGAACGUUUCUUUUAUAAAGUAUAAAAUCAAAUCUCUUUACAAGACCGAAUCGUUUCUAUAUUCUUUAUAAGACUAACGAUGAAUACUAUUUGUUCCAUCAUCUUCGUUUUCUACCAGAGACGGUCUUCUUAACAGCACCAACAGAGACUAAGAACUGAUCAAGAGAAGAGAGAGUCCUCAUAUCAUCCGGAGGAAAAUAGCUAGCCGCUUUACCCAUCAGCGAAGUGAAG